CGGCGGAUCCGGCACGCGAUGGCGAGCGACUUGAUGAUUGCGGCGGGCGGCGUGGUAGUGGUGGUUCAGCUUUAAAAGGGGACCGGGCCGCCCGACGUCGAGAGAGGAUUGAUGUGAGAUGGCAAGAACACAGUCUAGCUGAGGAUAUAAAGCCCACAAACACAUUAAACGGGAGCUGCUGGACCAUUGACAACUCCAACUGUCUCGGCGCUUGUUCAGGUUGACAGAAGCGAGAGACAGAAUCACGUCGUUUUCUAUAUCAUUCCUCCUCCAUCACUCAUUAAACCUCACAUCAACACCGCGAGACACGGCAUCACAGCUGUCGGUACAACAUCACCUUUCUUAUAAAAAAAGAAUUAUAAAAAUUCACAGCCCAACACCAUGGCCGCCUACCUCACGCAGCGCAUCUCGCACCCUCACCACGGGAUCCCCGUCUCGCGCGCCGAGACGCCGCUGCCCGAAAAGUCGGCCAAGUGCGCGGCGCCCAUCCCCAACGUCGCGGCCAAGGGCGUGCCCUUCUUCACGCCCGAGCAGGACCCCGUGGCGGGCACCGCCACCGUGCCGCAGCCGUCGGGCAAGCCCGUGCCCAAGCUCUUCUCGCCCCUCAAGAUCCGCGGCGUCACGCUGCCGAACCGCAUCUGGGUCAGCCCCAUGUGCCAGUACAGCGCGCACGAGGGCUUCCACACGCCGUGGCACAUUACGCACUACGGCGGCAUGGUGCAGCGGGGGCCCGGCCUCAUGAUGGUCGAGGCCACGGCCGUGCAGGCCAACGGGCGCAUCACGCCCGAGGACUCGGGCAUCUGGCUGGACGCGCACGUCGACACGCUCAAGAAGCACGUCGACUUUGCGCACAGCCAAAACGCGCUCAUCGCGAUCCAGCUCGCGCACGCCGGGCGCAAGGCGUCGACGGUCGCCCCCUGGCUCAGCUUUGGGGCCACGGCGACGGCCGAGGUGGGCGGCUGGCCCGACGACGUCGUGGGCCCGAGCGACGAGGCCUUUGACACGCACUUCCCGACGCCGCGGACCAUGACGCUCGCCGAGAUCGCCCAGCUCAAGCGCGACUUCGUGUCGGGCGCGCGCCGCGCCGUCCGCGCCGGCUUCGACGUCGUCGAGCUGCACUUUGCCCACGGGUAUCUCGUGUCCAGCUUCCUCUCGCCCGCCGUCAACAACAAGCGGACGGACCGGUACGGCGGCGGCAGCUUCGAGGACCGCACGCGCCUGGCCCUCGAGCUCGUCGACGAGGUGCGCGCCGUCCUCCCCCGCGACAUGCCGCUAUUCGUGCGCAUCAGCGCCACCGACUGGCUCGACACCAACCCGGCGUGGCGCGGCGGCGCGAGCUGGACCGUCGACGAGAGCGUCCGGCUCGCCCGCCUGCUGGCCGAGCGCGGCGUCGACGUGCUCGACGUGUCCACCGGCGGCAACCACGCGCAGCAAAAGGUCCAGGGCGGGCCGGGCUACCAGGCGCCCUUUGCAAAGAAGAUCAAGGCCGCCGUGGGCGACAAGAUGCUCGUCAGCUGCGUCGGCAGCAUCAAGACGGGCGACGUCGCCCAGCGCAUCAUCGAGGGCGGCCAGGCCCCCGACGACACGCCUCUCGACCUCAUCGCCGCGGGCCGCAUGUUCCAGAAGAACCCGAGCCUGGUCUGGUCGUGGGCCGACGACCUCGACGUGUCGAUUCACGUCGCGCACCAGAUCGGAUGGGGGUUUGGCGGCAGGGCGGCGGCCAAGAAGACGCUAAACUCGCUGCCGUGAGGUGGACAUGGAUCGGACUUUGUGUUGCCAGGCGCGGAAAAGAAUAACGGCUUUUUAAUUUUGUACGCCAGGGGCAUUACAAAGUAUAUGCCCUCCACUCAAUUUUUUUGGUUGGCCGUAUCGUAACAGAUGUGAAAUCUCGUGCCCCCUUUUUUCGUGGACAGCAUCGCGCAACAUCAACCCCCCCUCCCCCUGAAUCCCGGACCCCAUCAUCACUCCGUGACCCCCUCCCCCUCCUCUUCCUCGUCUUCAUCACGCUGCUCCCGCGCCUGCACGACGAUCCGGUUCACCGGACUCACCGGCGUGCCCGUCCGCAGCCACGCGCGCAGGUUCUCCAGACACUCCCUCUCCGCUCUGCGAAACGCCUCGUCCGUCAUGGCCCCGGCAUGCGGCAUGCACA